CCUGUAGCCGAAAAAUAAAAGCUUUGACCACAAGUCACUUCCGCCGUUGAAUAUUUUGUCGUCUUCUUCCGCUUCUCCUCUUCCUUCUUUCUUGGCUGCUCAAAGUCAGCCAGCAGGAACCCGAUUGCCGCGCCUCACCAGCAAAAACAACAAUCAUCCUUUUGUACCGUCAUGUCGUCCAAAUUUCCUCCCAUCGGUUUGUGCUCGUUGUAGCCAAAGACACGUUCGCCGGAGAUGCUUCGUUGUGGCCGCUAGCAGCUUGUUAGCCUGCCCGCUGGCAUUCGGGGGAGCAGCACGACCGGACCGCAAACUCCGGGAAGGUCCCAAGGCGUCAUGUCGGACGGCAUCAUGAGCAAAGCGGCCACCAUGGAGAUCCCCAUCAACAGCAAUGGCAACACGGGCGCGCUAGCGGAGGACGACGGCCUGGAGCAGGCGACGAGGCGGCAGUGGCGUUUAGAUGAGAAGGUAGGAAGCGGCCCAGGCGCCGGGGACCUGCAGCAGGUGAUGGCGUCGGGUCCAAACCUCAACGAGACCAGCAUUGUGUCGGGCGGUUACGGCGGCACGGCGGAGGGCAUCAUCCCCACCGGAUCCAUCAAAGGGCCGGCUGUGCGCUACAACCCCGACUUUAACAAACGGAUCCCAGUCACAGGACUAGGUCCCAGCAUGCAACAGAGCGGCAGCAGCUCGUCCGUGGCGGCGGCGGCGGCGGAGGAGGCCACGCGAGGCGUGGCAGUGGAGAAGCUGGAGACGGUCAAGAAGUGGGGUCUCAACACUUAUAAGUGCACCAAGCAGAUGAUCUCGGAGCGUUUUGGGCGGGGCUCGCGGACCGUGGACCUGGAGCUGGAGGCCCAGAUCGAGCUGCUGCGGGACACCAAGCGCAAAUACGGGAGCGUGCUGCGACUGGCCCGAGCGCUGACCAAUCAUUUCUACAACAUGGUGCAGACGCAGCACGCGCUGGGAGACGCCUUCGCCGACCUCAGUCAGAAGUCGCCGGAGCUUCGGGACGAGUUCGGCUACAACGCCGAGACCCAGAAGCUGCUGUGCAGGAACGGCGAGACUCUGCUGGGCGCCAUCAACUUCUUUGUGUCCAGCAUCAACACGUUGGUUAACAAGACCAUGGAGGACACGCUCAUGACCAUCAAGAUGUAUGAAAACGCCAGGUUGGAAUUCGACGCAUACCGGUCGGACCUGGAGGAGCUGAGCUUGGGGCCUCGGGACGCGGCGGCCACGGCCCGCAUCGACGCCGCGCAGCAGCAGUACCAAGUCCAGAAGGACAAGUACGAGCGACUGCGCUCCGACGUCACCAUCAAACUCAGGUUCCUGGAGGAGAACAAGGUGAAGGUGAUGCACAAGCAGCUUUUGCUCUUCCACAACGCCAUCUCGGCGUACUUCGCCGGCAACCAGCAGCAGCUGGAGCAAACGCUCGAGCGCUUCAACGUCAAGUUGAAUCCGCCCGGAGCCGACAAGCCGUCCUGGCUGGAGGAGCCCUGAGGAUGUACCUAAAUCCUAAACCCUGCCCCGUCCGAGCCCCGUAGAGGAAGCCAAGCCUGCCCGACGGGUCCACAAAAGCAAGUGGCCCACUUUCCCGCAAGCUUCUAAUCGUGCGUUUCGACUCCUCUGCUUUGAUGUUGAGCCAACGGCCUGAACGCCAUCAAAGCGCCACCCAAUCAAAAUGGAGGCCACGUCUCCAAUCAAUGUACAUGGCAAAUUUUUACUGGAAUUUUUUUUUUUUUUCCCCGGGGUGUCCAUUAUGGGCAAGACUCGACGGACGUGCCAGUUUAUGGACCAAGCCACUUUGUUCUCGUCUUUCUCUGUUUGAAGGCUUCACAGCCACGAGGAGGAGCAACUGUGACUGACUACCUGACACUUUGCCAACCUUCCUUAAGCCAGCGUGCCGAUUUGAUGCCAGAAAUGGCUCAUGGUGACAAAAAAAUAUAUAUAUGAAUCAGUGAAGCCCCUUUUAUCGCAACGUUAGCGUGGCGAUUUCACGCCAGAAAUGGCUCACAUUGACAAA